AUGACAAUAGUAAAUGCUUGGCUUUUAUAUAGGAGAGUACUGAUCGGAAGGAAGAUACAGAAAACACUUGGGCUGGCAAAUUUUAGGAUUGACUUAGGAGAAACACUUUGCAAAAUAGGUAUCCGUCAAAACUCAAGAGGACGUAAAUCUGAUUUGGAAAAGAAAAUCCAACAGAAACGACGCUCUCGGAGGUACGGGUUGACGAGAGCUCACACUGGCCCGUAUGGAUGUAAAAACGUUUACGUUGUAAACUUCCCAAGUGCGGUGGGUUUACGUACGUCAUGCGUGAAAAAUGCCAAACCUCGCUGUGCUUUAACAAAGCUCAAAUCAAGGAAGUGGUAUUUCAGACUUUUUUAUUACCAUUUGGACAUGACAAUAGUAAAUGCUUGGCUUUUAUAUAGGAGAGUAAUGAUCGGAAGGAAGAUACAGAAAACACUUGGGCUGGCAAAUUUUAGGAUUGACUUAGGAGAAACACUUUGCAAAAUAGGUAUCCGUCAAAACUCAAGAGGACGUAAAUCUGAUUUGGAAAAGAAAAUCCAACAGAAACGACGCUCUCGGAGGUACGGGUUGACGAGAGCUCACACUGGCCCGUAUGGAUGUAAAAACGUUUACGUUGUAAACUUCCCAAGUGCGGUGGGUUUACGUACGUCAUGCGUGAAAAAUGCCAAACCUCGCUGUGCUUUAACAAAGGUAAAAACUGUUUUCAUGAUUUCCAUAAAUAAAAUGUUAAAAGCAUAUUCCAGAAAGUUAUGUCAUAUUUCUGUAAUAUACCAAACAGUAUAG